AUGUUGCAAAUGAAAAAUGAAGAGACUGUAUCGGAUUUCUUCAGAAAUUUGUCUCAAGUAGUUACUCAAAUCAGAAAUUUGGGGGAAAAGAUGGAAGAAAGCACUGUAGUUGCAAAAUUUCUUUGGGCAACUCCUGCAAAGUUUGACCCCAUCACUAUACCUCCUCAGAAAUUUGGUGAUAUAGAUUCAAUGCCCUUUUAAGAAGUAGUGGGAUCACUAAAAGUCUAUAAAGAGAAGCUCAAGACUCGUCAGUAGAGAAAAAAAGAAUUAAGUCCUCUUCACAUGGUACCGAGAAAUCAAGAGGAGAAGGUUCUCAAGGCAAAGGACGCAGUCAAGAUAGAAGACACAGCUGAGGCAGAGGAAGAGGCAAUGACAAAAGUACUGGUGAGAACUAGAAACCUAAAGGCAAAUCUAAGGUAAAAUGUUAUAAUUGUGACAAGAUGGGAUAUUAUGCUUCUGAAUGCUAUGCAAAGAAAAUAGAAGAGAAAGUUCACCUUGCUAAUACUAAAGAAAAGGUUGAAUCCACACUUCUCAUGGUAGAAAUUGAUGAUUUUUUGCUACAAGGAACACAAGAAACUUAG